CCAUGGGAAACGCACCAGAUAAUAUUAAGAAAUUUCUAUUAAAUCUUUUGAGCUGGAACGACAAUUCGAAAAAUGAGUAUUCAGACGAUCAUUUUGUCGCAAAUCUCAUUGAAUCAUUGGGAAAUGCUUUUAUUGUUCCAUUCGACGGACAAAAUUCGAAUAACCCUAAUGUGGAGACAUUUGAUUUAUAUUGCGAAUCACUGUCCUAUUCGCAAGAAACUUUAGAGACUUUGGACAGAUAUUUAACGAGGCACAAACUUUUUAACUCGUAUGGUAAUUAUGUGGGAAUUAGAAUUGCUGCAUUAAAUGCAUUGAUCGAUUUGGAGCUUCAUCAUAGACCCGAAAUAGCGCAGUAUUUCACGUUUCUCGCCGAGUGUGAUUCUGAUCUAACGGUUAGACGCUUUCUUCAAAGUAAGUUUGGCGAGGAUAGGGGUCCACAAUGUUGGGAGCUCCCAAAAAGAAACGCUCCGUUGCGUUUGCUGAGGGUUCUUUAUAGACGGCCCAAUGCCAAUCACACAGCCGGAAUUGCAGGCGCUAAACCGAGUGCAACGAUUCCCAAGGAAGCUGACGAGAAGAAUGUAUCCAAAGUUCAAGAAGUUAAUUCAGACGUCGAUAUACAUGAGAAUGGCGAAGAUAUGCCUUUGGCCCUAAGAAGUCAGUCAAAAUUGCCCAAAAAAAAAACGAGUUCACCAAGCAACCAGAAAACUAUACCCGAUACACAAUUGUCGAAAGUAAAAAACAUCGUGGAAUUAAAGAAUGUUGCUAAAAAAGCCAAAGUUAAUAAAGCAAAAAAAUCAGAAGGACAUUCAGAAAAGCAUAAAAAGAUCAAGCUCAGCAAGUCAUAA